CCGAGCCGUUGAGAAUCUGUCUCUGGCCGAGGCAGCCCAGGAUUCCUUUUUAAAGCCGCCAGCAUAGACGAGUCCAAGAUGUUAGGCUCUUUGAGGGUCAAAUACAACUGUCCCUGAAGCGAGAUCACAUUCAACUUUGGGACAAGGAGUCUUGCCCCUUCAUUUUUUCAGCUUCUCUCCGUGGAACCAAAACCCUUGGGUUACAGUUUGUAUGUGAAACCACUGUUCCAAGUUCAACUUAGGAAAGACUGUUGACACACAAGUUGGAAUGGUUCCAAUAGCCUACUUUGCAAAACGCUUUGGAUUCACAGAACUUCCGUUGUAAAAGCAAUAAGAGAAGUGUCAGUUUUCCAUUUAGAUCAACAACUGCAAAUUCUCAGCAUGGAGAACCCAGAGAAGACAGAAGUAGUUCUCCUUGCUUGUGGGUCCUUUAAUCCUAUCACCAACAUGCACCUCCGGCUGUUUGAGCUGGCCAAGGACUACAUGAAUGGAACAGGAAAAUAUAAAGUUAUCAAAGGCAUAAUUUCUCCAGUCGGCGAUGCAUAUAAGAAGAAAGGACUCAUCUCUGCCUGUCACCGAGUUAUCAUGGCAGAACUUGCCACCAAGAACUCAAAAUGGAUAGAAGUUGAUACAUGGGAAAGUCUUCAGAAAGAGUGGACAGAGACAGCCAAGGUGCUAAGACACCAUCAAGAGAAGCUGGAGGCCAGUAUCUGUGAUCCCCAGCAGAACUCACCUGUGCUGGAAAAGCCUGGACGGAAAAGAAAGUGGGCUGAACAAAAACAAGAUUUUAGUGAAAAGAAAUCCCUAGAGCAAACAAAAACGAAAGGUGUGCCAAAGGUGAAGCUGCUGUGUGGAGCAGAUUUUUUGGAGUCCUUUGGUGUGCCCAAUCUAUGGAAGAGUGAGGAUAUCACCAAAAUCCUGGGAGACCACGGGCUCAUAUGUAUUACUCGGGCUGGGAAUGAUGCCCAGAAGUUCAUCUACGAAUCCGACGUGCUAUGGAAACACCAGAACAACAUUCACUUGGUGAACGAAUGGAUCACCAAUGACAUCUCCUCCACGAAGAUCCGGCGAGCCCUCAGGAGGGGCCAGAGCAUUCGCUACUUGGUCCCCGAUCUUGUACAAGAAUAUAUUGAAAAGCAUAAUCUGUAUAGCUCUGAGAGUGAGGAGAGGAAUGUUGGAGUGGUCCUGGCUCCUUUGCAGAGAAACACUACAGAAGUUAAGGCAUAAGAAAUUCUAUAGCAUGGUAUUUUAGACUUCUUUUUUGGGAGUUUGAAACCAUGUGGGUGUUAGUAACUAGGGGAAGAAAUUGUUAUCCUCUUUAAUAAAGUUUAACAGUUUGGUAAAAUCAGCAGUAAAUAAAGUUAGGUUUAUCUUUUUACUAGAA